GUCGGCCCCAUGAGGUCACUGAGACAAGAGGUCUAUAAAAGACAUGGUUACAGAGAAGUCUGAAGGAUUUCAGUUGCAGAGCCUACAACAUGAAGAGCACAUUCAUUCUGCUGUGGCUGUUACCAUACGUAAUUUAUGGCGCUAAGCUGACGAAAUCAAGAUCACAGUUUGCUGCAAGUAAUGAUGAGAUCCAGAAUCUGUCUGAACAGCUGUAUGCGGGUGACGUAAACAAGGCUGGCAGUGGCGACAUUAUCCUGAACCUGCAGCACAAGGUAUCCAGUUCCCAGACUGGCACAGGAACCGACUUUUCUAGCCAAAGGCUUUUCGACUACGUCAAUGAAGCCAAACUAUUCACCCGUCCGACCUUCAAGAGACUCAUCGCCUUACUGGACAACUAUAUCAAGAACACAGGAACUGUGGAAUCUGUCACCAAUGGAGAGAUCCAAGAACAGACUGCCUUUAUAGAUGAAAUAUUCCAAACUACUAUCAUGAAAAAUCUUUCCAGCUUCUUAAUCUCAAAAGGUUAUUACACAUCAGUUGAAGGCUUUGAGACUGACCUGCGGGAAAUGUGGUUUGGACUAUACACACGAUCAAAAGGUUCCUUGGACUCCUCAGGCUUUGAACAUGUCUUCAGUGGUGAAAUCCACAAAGGAAAGAUAUCUGGAUUCCAUAGCUGGGUGAAUCUCUACCUGAUGGAGAAGGCUGGUCAGAUUAACUAUCUCAGCUACAGUUCAGAUGGACCGUGGACCAGUUAUCCUGAUGUUUUCGCCUUCCAGUUUAAGUGGUCCACCUAUUUGAAAACUGUUGGCUCCUUCUUUAUUGGAUCCAGUCCUGAGUUUGAAAUUGCGAUGUACACACUUUGCUACGUCACUCGCCCCGGUAGUCUGUGCACUGUAAAAUUGGGUGGUUCUUCUCUCAAAAUCCAAACCUACAGUUGGGACAACUCAUCUUAUGGAAAUGGCAAAAGAUAUUUAGCAUCUUCAUACCCCACCAUUUAGAGCAAGUGUUUUAAUCCUUGCAAACAGUUGCAUUUCAGCAAAAAAAAAAAAAAAAAAAACUUUUCAAAGGGGUUCACUGGGAUUUUCACAUUGUGGCCUAUCCUCAGGAUAAGUCUUCAAUAUGUGAUUGGCGGGGGUUCCAAUUCCUGGCACGCCGCUGAUCAACUGGUUAAACCAAGAGCUCCGGUGAUCGCCAUGGUCUCCUCGCAGCUAACCAAGCUAAGCGCAGUCCUUUUGAAAGUGGUUGUGACUGGUAUUACACCUCAGACCCGUUCACUUGAAUGGCACUGAGCUGUGCCCAGGCAGUGUGAUCGAUCAAUGUGAUGUCACAUGGCCUAGGAAGAGGCCUAAGUGCUCACUGGACGGCUCGGCCUCUUCAUACAGCUGAUUGGCAGUGUUGCCGGAAGUCAGGCCCCUGCCGAUCUCAUAUUGAUGUCCUAUCCUGAGGACAGGCCAUCUAUAUAAAAAUCCUAGAAAGCCCCUUUAAUAAACCAUAGGUAAAUGAUUGCAGAUAAGUCUAUCAUUUAGUAAACUGAUGAGAUACGACAACUAUAAUUUUAGAUCACUACGUACUUUGAUGAAUGUCGAAAUUCCUUCAGUAUGGCAUCUUGAGGCUGAAAAUCCAGCUCUUUUUUACAGCACACAACUGCAAUAGGUAGAAUUUUAUGAAAAAAGACACAGAAGACCUCAUGCACACAGCAGGAGCAUACAGACUAUAGUAUCAUCCUGUAGGUGUCUAUGGGCGCUGUAUAACGUAUCUGUGUACCUUAGAGGUUGUAUAGAACAGGAAUUAUGUAUGAGCCUGAAUGCCUGUAAAAAAUAAAGUGAUCUUAGCUUCA